AUGAUUGUUAGCAUACUUGUAAUACUACGCGAUCGAGGCCUGCCUCUUCCAGCAGGAGCAAUACUAAUAUCACCUUGGGUCGACCUGACCCAUUCUUUCCCCAGCGUCGCAGGCGAUGGCUCAUUAGAUUUCAUUCCCACUCAUGGCUUCCUACAGAAGCCUUCGACCUCAUGGCCACCACCCAAUACAGAUGAUAUGGAACAAAUAGCAAUGCAUGCCGUUGAGCAAGUGGCAGGCGAAGGACUGCCUAGAAAGUCAACUAACGCAGAAAGGCGAGAGGCAAGGAACAGUGCAGUGCAGGGUUUCUCAGUUGAUCACACCCGAGAGAACUUACAUCCCAAGGAAAACGCGGAUAAUCCAGCCGGUACUGACGGUGUUGGAGAGCGACCUGGUAAUACGAUUCCUGGCGCUGGACACAACUUCUCAAUUAUGAUCGGUGGCAACUUCGUCGACAUAAAGGAUCAAAUCCAAAUGUACACUACUAAUCAGCUAAUAUCGCAUCCGCUCGUUUCGCCGGUUUUACAACCAUCAUUAGGUGGCUUACCUCCAUUGCUCGUUGUCACGGGCGGUGGUGAGAUACUACGAGAUGAGCAGAUAUAUCUUGCUCACAAAGCCGCGCAUCCUUCGCAAUAUCCUCCAGGUGAUGCAUAUCUAGACGAGUAUCCCGAAGCGAGGGACCUCAUCGCAAAGUGGAAGCCUACAGAUGUGCAGCUACAGGUCUGGGACGAUCUUUGCCACGUGGCCCCUACACUCAGUUUCACACGACCAGCAAAAUUCAUGUAUCGGUCUAUUGCUCAAUUUGGCGCUUGGGUCCUCGCUCGAGCUCAAAAGACUGAGAUUGAGAUCAUGGAUGACGAUGAGGUGUCCCUCAUUUCCGUGGGAUCAGACACCGAAAGUGAAAGCGACUUCGAUAAAUCGAAGCAAACAAAAACCACCAUGAACAAUGGCGUGGCUCAAAGGGGAAGUGCCGCGAAAGAUCAAGUGGGCAGAGCUGGCGAUGCUUUGCCAGCUUUCAAGGAUCACAUGAUACGGCAAAGAGUCGACCGGCACGGUCACAUCUUUCCUUUAGAUCCACCUUCAUCGAUGCCGGCUCUACAGAUGUCGGCAAAUGAAGUUGGCGUGAUUAAGCCUGGUCCCGUCGGGAAAUGGUUGAACGCUAAGAAACAGUGGGACCAAAAAUAUGCUCGAGAAAAGCGAAAGGUACAAAAGCAGCGAGCGAAAGAAAUGGCCAAAGGCUUUCAGGGUUUCGGUAAUGAUGAGGUGCCUCCGCCUUCAGCACUAGCUGGACGGAGAGGUCUGAGCAUGCCGAAGGAAGAGAAGAAAAAGAAGAGCUGGGGAAUGAGUAUGUGGAGCUUGUGGGGAAGCUCGCACGAUGAAAAUACUAUUCAACGUGAAAAAAAGGCAGAUAAGGAAGUCAACACCACGAUAAUAUCCCAGAAUGACGGUGCCAACGCCAGACCAGUAGGUACUGACCGAGCAAAUAAGCUAUCACGUUCGCGGUCUCGGCGGCGAGGCGUGACUGAUGCAGGUCAAACUGAUUACACAGCCAAACCUGGAAAUGACGAGAAUACGCCAGCUGCAGAAUUGGAUCGCCGAAGAAAUGAGCAAGCAUCGAACAGCCAAGCAAACGGCCAUCCAACCGAUCACGCUCACCUCGCCCCUCCGAUCCUCCUCUCCAGUCCACCGGAUGAGAAUUCUGAGAACGCGAAAGCAGUACCGCUACCUGCUAGCCCUGGGGAGCGGCCUUCUGCAGGGCCGGGCAUGGCCUUCCCGUUCAAACUCGGCAGGACUUUGGGUAAUCAAGACGUGAAUGCCAGUAACAUCACGCUGGCCAGUCAAGCAGGUGUCGUCAGCCCCAACCGAGACGAAGAGAGUAAGCAAGUUAGUGACAGCAUCACUUCAAGUCCACCAGACCGAAAUUCCGAGAAUGCAAUAGCAGUCCCUCUCCCUGCCAGUCCCGGGGAACGGCCCUCCGCAGGUCCUGGCAAAGCUUUCCCUUUCAAGCUUGGCAGACACCAAGGUAGUCUAGGUAUUGAGGGCGCCAAUGCCAGUACUGUCACUCUCACCAGUCAAGCAGGUGUCGUCUCGCCCAAGGGGGACGAGACGGGCAAACAAGCUGGGGAUAGCCCCGACAACCAGGACGAAGUCUUCAUUGACGCACAGGAGAACCACGAUCGUCAAAGAACGAUAGAACCGGUAGAAGACGCCCACGGCGAGUACGCUGAUGGCGUGGACCACUACGACUUGCGCAACAAACUUCCGCUGGCGGGCGAGAACGGGAACGAGCUGGCGAACACUGCCGUAGGCCCAGUCGAAGAGAGGAGAGGCACGUUGGAGGAUGCGAAGGGCGUGCUGCAUCAUGGGCCCGGUGUCAUCGGGGGCAUUGGAGAGAAGAAGGGCGAAGGGAAGGGAGAGGGAGAGGAAGAGGUGACAAGGCCUGGGAUUGAUCGGAGCGAUACUGCGAGUUUGGAUUAA